AUAUCGACACGAAAAUUUUUUAUAGUUAAAUAUUUUUGACCCGACUUAACGGAAACUUGGUGCCAAGAAAAAUAAUACGACGUGAACUAACUCGCUGCGUUCUGGUCGCAGUCAGUUUUAGUUGUUUUUGAAAAUUUUUGUUUAAUUGCAUCGUCGAUGUUGAAAAUUCCAACAAACUUGAGAGCUUAAGUUUUUUCAUUUUAAUAUUUCCGGCUAAAGUGAGUUCUGCACGGAUAUGGCCGAAACGGAAGGAGGAUCGGAGCAGGACGAUGUUUCAUUCUUAAGAACGGAAGACAUGGUCUGUCUAUCGUGCACAGCGACAGGAGAGCGUGUUUGCCUUGCAGCUGAAGGAUUUGGUAACCGACAUUGUUUCCUUGAAAAUAUAGCAGACAAGAACGUGCCACCGGACUUAUCACAAUGCGUAUUCGUUAUUGAACAGGCUUUGUCAGUGCGGGCGUUGCAAGAAUUGGUAACGGCUGCAGGAUCAGAGACGGGUAAAGGCACUGGUUCUGGUCAUAGAACCUUGCUGUACGGCAAUGCCAUACUUCUACGUCAUCAUAACAGUGAUAUGUACUUGGCUUGCCUGUCUACAUCGUCAUCAAAUGACAAACUAUCCUUCGAUGUUGGCUUACAAGAGCAUAGUCAAGGCGAAGCAUGUUGGUGGACAGUUCACCCAGCAAGCAAACAACGCUCAGAGGGUGAGAAAGUACGUGUGGGUGAUGAUUUAAUUCUGGUAUCUGUUGCAACCGAACGUUAUUUGCACACAACCAAGGAGAACGAACAGUCGAUUGUGAAUGCCAGCUUCCAUGUAACACAUUGGUCAGUGCAACCCUACGGUACUGGCAUUUCACGCAUGAAAUAUGUUGGUUAUGUUUUUGGUGGGGACGUGUUACGUUUCUUUCACGGUGGUGAUGAGUGUUUAACAAUACCAAGCACAUGGGGACGAGAGGCUGGCCAAAAUAUUGUUGUGUAUGAAGGCGGAUCUGUAAUGUCACAGGCACGUUCCCUAUGGCGUCUGGAACUAGCCAGAACCAAAUGGACUGGAGGUUUCAUUAACUGGUAUCAUCCUAUGCGUAUUCGACAUAUUACAACAGGACGUUACUUGGGCGUUAACGAAAACAACGAAUUGAUUUUGGUUAAAAAGGAAGAAGCUUCAAUAGCAUCAACGACUUUCUGCUUACGGCAGGAAAAGGACGACGAGAAAAAAGUGCUGGAAGACAAAGACUUGGAAGUGAUUGGUUCACCUAUUAUUAAAUAUGGUGAUACCACUGUCAUAGUGCAGCACUGUGAAUCUUGUUUAUGGCUCAGUUAUAAAAGUUACGAAACUAAAAAGAAGGGCGUCGGAAAAGUUGAAGAGAAACAAGCUAUACUACAUGAAGAAGGUAAAAUGGAUGAUUGCUUAGAUUUCUCCCGCUCACAAGAAGAGGAGUCAAAAACUGCGCGUGUAAUACGCAAGUGCAGCAGUCUAUUUACGCAAUUUAUAAAUGCUUUAGAAACAUUGCAAGGUAAUCGUCGACAUUCAAUAUUUUUUCAGAAAGUGAAUCUUAACGAAAUGGUUAUGUGCCUGGAAGACUUAAUUAAUUAUUUUUCACAACCAGAAGAUGAUAUGGAACAUGAAGAAAAACAGAAUCGGUUUCGCGCUUUGCGCAACCGACAAGACCUCUUUCAAGAGGAGGGCGUUCUUAACUUAAUUCUAGAAGCAAUUGAUAAAAUUAAUGUUAUAACUUCACAGGGUUUCUUGGCCAGCUUUCUAGCUGGCGAUGAAACAGGUCAAAGUUGGGACUUAAUCUCUACGUAUUUGUAUCAACUUUUGGCCGCUAUUAUUAAAGGAAACCAUACAAAUUGCGCACAAUUCGCCAACAGUAAUCGUUUGAAUUGGUUGUUUUCACGCUUAGGUUCACAAGCUUCUAGUGAAGGUUCGGGAAUGUUGGAUGUUCUUCAUUGCGUGUUGAUCGAUUCUCCAGAAGCUUUAAAUAUGAUGCGCGACGAACACAUCAAAGUCAUAAUCUCACUGCUUGAAAAACAUGGUCGAGAUCCUAAAGUCUUAGAUGUGUUAUGCUCUCUUUGUGUAGGUAAUGGUGUUGCAGUACGUUCAUCCCAAAACAAUAUAUGUGAUUUUUUACUGCCCGGUAGGAAUUUGUUAUUGCAAACUCAAUUAGUAGAUCAUGUAGCCAGUAUACGUCCUAAUAUAUUCGUUGGCCGUGUAGAAGGUUCUGCUAUGUAUCAAAAAUGGUACUUUGAAGUUACAAUGGAUCAUAUUGAACAAACCACACAUAUGAUGCCACAUCUGCGUAUUGGUUGGGCAAAUACCUCUGGUUAUGUUCCGUAUCCUGGUGGUGGAAAAAAGUGGGGGGGUAAUGGAGUUGGAGAUGAUCUUUAUUCAUUUGGUUUCGAUGGUGCUUGUCUUUGGACAGGAGGACGUAGAACUUUAGUUGUGGAUAAUGUACCUGAAGAACCCUUUAUAAGAAAAGGAGACGUAAUUGGAGUAGCAAUUGAUUUAUCCAUACCUAUUAUUACAUUUACAUUUAAUGGCAUAAAAAUCCGCGGAUCUUUCAGAGAUUUCAACUUAGAUGGCAUGUUUUUUCCAGUUAUGAGCUGUUCAUCAAAAUUGAGUUGCCGCUUUCUCUUUGGAGGUGAUCAUGGACGUCUUAAAUUUGCUCCUCCACUUGGUUUUUCUCCAUUAGUGCAAUGCCUAAUGCCACAUCAAAUUCUUAGUUUAGAUCCGUGUUUUUAUUUUGGUAAUUUAAACAAAAAUGUAUUGGCUGGUCCAUGGUUGAUUGAGGAUGAUACAGCCUUUGUACCAAAUCCAGUUGACACAUCUGGGGUAUCUCUGCCGUCUUCAGUUGAUCAAAUAAAAGAAAAACUUGCCGAAAAUAUACAUGAAAUGUGGGCAUUAAACAAAAUUGAGGCAGGCUGGAGUUGGGGCGAACAUAGAGAUGACUAUCAUCGUAUACAUCCUUGUUUGACACAAUUCGAGAAACUACCACCAGCUGAGAAACGCUACGAUAACCAAUUAGCUGUACAAACACUAAAAACUAUUGUUUCUUUAGGCUAUUACAUCACCAUGGAUAAACCACCAGCUCGUAUACGUCCAGUUCGUUUACCAAAUGAAAUUUUUAUGCAAGCAAAUGGAUACAAGCCAGCACCCUUAGAUCUUAGUGCUGUAACUCUAACACCAAAACUUGAGGAACUUGUUGAUCAGCUAGCUGAAAAUACUCAUAAUCUUUGGGCCAGGGAACGCAUACAACAGGGCUGGACUUAUGGUCUCAAUGAGGACUCCGACAACCAUCGGAGUCCACAUUUGGUGCCAUACUCAAAGGUUGACGAAGCAAUUAAAAAGGCCAAUAGAGAUACAGCUUCCGAAACUGUACGUACCUUACUAGUAUACGGGUAUGUGCUAGAUCCUCCAACAGGAGAAGGCAAUGAGGCAUUACUUGCUGAAGCCUUGCGGUUAAAGUUUGCGGCUUUUCGUACUUAUCGUGUUGAGCGUAAUUAUGCUGUCACAUCCGGAAAGUGGUAUUUUGAGUUCGAAGUGCUAACAUCAGGACCAAUGAGAGUAGGCUGGGCUCGUGCCGACUGCCACCCUGGUGCAAUGUUAGGAAGCGAAGAUACCAGCUGGGCUUUUGAUGGUCACAAUGUCACAAAAAUGCAUGCGGGCUCAAUAGAACACUUUGGUGUUCGCUACGAGGCGGGCGAUGUAAUCGGUUGUUUCAUAGAUGCCAAGGAACAAACCAUCAGUUUCUCAUUGAACGGCGAACUGUUGAUGGAUGCCCUAGGCGGAGAAACUACAUUUGCUGAUGUCACAGCAGAAGGUGUGGGCUUUGUUCCGGCUUGUACACUUGGCGUUGGUCAGAAAGCUCGCCUCAUUUAUGGUCAAGAUGUAGAUUCACUCAAAUUCUUUACUACUUGUGGUCUACAAGAGGGUUACGAACCAUUUUGUGUUAAUAUGCGCCGGCCAGUCACGCAUUGGUACACAAAAGAUCAACCCAUUUUCGAGAACACAGAGGAUAUGCCAGAUUGUCGCAUCGAUGUAACACGUAUUCCUGGCGGUGCUGAUACACCACCGCAUUUGAAAAUUUCCCACAAUACCUUCGAAACGAUGGAGAAGGCUAAUUGGGAAUUUUUAAGGCUUUCUCUGCCAGUAACUUGCAUGAGUCAGUUUAUAAAUGAAGCCGAGAAAGCUCAUCGAUGGGAGCAAAUCAAAGCGAGGCAAUAUCAGCUUAUCCGCGAAGCUCAAGAAGUGGCUCAGCAACAGCAGCAAUCUACUGUACAAAUGGACCAUAUGUUGAAAAGCGGCUUCACAAUGAAUGACAUUAAAGGACUACAUCGCAAUUUUGAUGAUACCACUGAAGCAGAUGAGAAUAUAAUGCGUGGGCCUCUACGACCAGCUCGCAAAGGUUCAAUCUCUCGUAAUAUAACUUUUGAAAAUGAUUUGACCAUGCCUGAAGAAAUGCGACGCUCAACAUCAGCAAUCGAUAUGAAUGGUCUGGAAGACGGCAUGGAUGAUAAAAAGAAACGCGGCCGCAGUCCAUUCAAAUUCUUCUCCAAAAAGUCUCGUGAUCAAAGUAAAGACAAGAUGACGGGUCGCACUAAUGAAGUUUCAUUAGAACGUAGAAACACUGUGGCUCAUGGCCGUAAUGUAGUGAACGCUCAAAUGGCGACAAAAACACCCACACUGCGCUUGAACAAUACUGAAAUGCCUCAAACACCAGUCGCUGGUCCAAAAGCUCUAAGUGGGGGUACCUUAGGUCAGUCACCAGUAGAAGGUUCUGGCACUGAAAUAUUCGAUUCAGAAUGCUUAAAACUCAUUAACGAGUAUUUUUAUGGUAUUCGCAUAUUUCCUGGUCAAGAUCCCACUCAUGUCUAUGUUGGUUGGGUAACAACUCAAUACCACUUACAUAGCAAGGAGUUCAAUAAAUCGAAAGUACGUCGGGGUACGGUAAUUAUUGAAGAUGACUAUGAAAUUCCCAUUGAACGGAUUGACCGACAAAGCUGUUAUGUCGUACGUACUGAUGAACUUUUUAAUGAAGUUACACAAGAUGCCGCUGGCAAGGGAGCAUCCCAAGGCAUGUUCAUUGGCUGUUUUGUUGACACUGCAACUGGUAUAAUCCGAUUCACUUGUGAGGGUAAAGAAACUUCACACCGUUGGAUGAUGGAGCCAGAUACCAAGUUGUUUCCUGCUAUUUUUGUUGAAGCGACCAGCAAAGAAAUUUUACAAAUAGAAUUAGGCCGCACGCCAACUACUCUGCCACUUUCAGCUGCUGUACUUCCUACUAGUGACAAACAUAUCAACCCACAAUCGCCACCUCGUUUGAAGGUUCAAUGUUUACGCCCACACCAAUGGGCACGAGUACCUAACACUGCUCUUCAAGUGCACGCACUAAAAUUAUCAGACAUACGUGGCUGGUCAAUGCUUUGCGAAGAUCCUGUUUCAAUGCUUGCCUUACAUAUUCCAGAAGAAGAUCGCUGCAUUGAUAUAUUAGAGCUAAUUGAAAUGGAAAAAUUAUUAUCUUUCCAUUCUCAUACUCUUACUCUUUAUGCUGCUUUAUGCUAUCAAUCCAAUUAUAGAGCCGCUCAUGCUCUUUGCCAACAUGUAGACCAGAAACAAUUACUUUACGCUAUAAGAUCGGAAUAUAUGAGUGGGCCACUACGUCAAGGCUUUUACGACCUCUUGAUAGCCUUACACUUAGAAUCACAUGCUACAACUAUGGAAGCUUGCAAAAAUGAGUACAUAACUCCACUGGGACCAGAGCUGAAAGAACUUUAUGGCGACGAUGAAAUGUGUCACUCUUUGCGAUCACUUAUCACUGAAUCUGUAAGACCACAACUGUGUAUGACAGAAAUAACUGAGCCGAUUCCCAAUAUCGACCAACUCUACUCCCCCAAAUUCCCCUUAGAAGUAGUCAGGGAGUUCGUUAUGGAGGCAUUGAAGGAAGCUGUUGAAGUAAAUCAAGUUCAUAAUAGAGAUCCCAUUGGCUGGACGAACGAGAACUUAUUUUUACCGUUAAUAAAACUUACGGAUCGCUUGCUACUAGUUGGUGUCCUUACUGAUCAAGAUGUACAAAAAUUACUCGUAAUGGUGGAUCCAGAAACUUGGGAUCUAACAUUUCAAAAAGAUGGAAAAGACGAACAUCGAAAAGGCUUGCUAACUAUGAAAAUGGCUGAAGGUGCAAAGCUUCAAAUGUGUUACUUGUUACAUCAUUUAUACGAUAUACAACUACGUCAUAGAGUUGAAAGUAUAAUAGCUUUUUCACAUGACUUUGUUGGUGAUUUACAAACAGAUCAACUUCGUCGUUACAUUGAAAUCAAGCAAUCUGAUCUUCCAAGUGCUGUGGCGGCUAAAAAGACAAAAGAGUUUCGCUGCCCCCCAAGAGAGCAAAUGAACCAAAUACUUUGUUUCAAAAAUCUUGAACCAGACGAUCAAGAAAAUUGUACAUGCGGCAUUGAUUUACGAGGCCGGUUGUAUGAUUUUCAUGACAGCCUUAUGAAAAAGGUAUCAUUGAAUGCUUUGCAGGAGCCUGAUGAGCCAGAAGGCAAUGCAAUUGAGGAAGUCAAAGCGGGACCAAUAACUAAAAUUUAUAACUUUAUUAAUGCAGUCAAAGAACUCGAAGAGGGACCUAAGGAAAUUGAAGAACCUGAAAAGAAAACGCCAGAGGAAGUAUUCCGCAAAGUGCUUAUCAAAACGAUUGUCAGUUGGGCUGAAGAGUCACAGAUUGAGAACCCAAAACUGGUGCGUGAAAUGUUUAGUCUUCUUGUACGCCAAUAUGACACCGUAGGUGAAUUGGUUCGAGCAUUGGAAAAGACAUACGUAAUCAAUAAUAAAGCACGUGAUGAUGUGGCGGAAAUGUGGGUUGGUUUAAGCCAAAUCCGAGCUUUGCUUCCUGUGCAAAUGAGCCAAGAAGAAGAAGAGCUCAUGCGAAAAAGGCUUUGGAAAUUAGUGAACAACGCUACUUUCUUCCAGCAUCCAGAUUUGAUACGAAUAUUACGAGUUCAUGAGAACGUAAUGGCAGUUAUGAUGAACACCUUAGGAAGGCGAGCACAAGCACAAAGUGACGCACCAACGCAGCCUGAAGGUAUUGAAGGAACACCACCCAAAGAGAAGGAUACAUCUCAUGAAAUGGUUGUUGCUUGUUGUCGUUUCCUUUGCUAUUUUUGCAGAACUGGCCGCCAAAAUCAAAAGGCAAUGUUUGAUCACUUCGAUUUCUUGCUAGACAAUGCUAACAUAUUAUUAGCAAGACCAAGCUUACGCGGUUCUACUCCAUUAGACGUGGCAUAUUCAAGCUUAAUGGAGAACACAGAACUAGCUCUGGCACUUAGAGAACAUUAUCUGGAAAAGAUUGCAGUAUACUUGUCACGUUGUGGCUUACAAAGUAAUUCAGAACUGGUAGAGAAAGGAUAUCCUGAUUUAGGGUGGGAUCCUGUAGAAGGCGAACGUUAUUUAGAUUUCUUACGCUACUGCGUAUGGGUUAAUGGCGAGAGUGUAGAAGAAAACGCUAACCUUGUCAUUCGUCUUCUUAUCCGUCGUCCAGAAUGUUUAGGGCCGGCUCUAAGAGGAGAAGGAGAAGGUCUGUUUCGAGCAAUAGUCGAAGCUAAUCGUAUGUCCGAACGCAUUUCAGAUCGAUGCAAAAUGCAAGACGAAGCAGAAGGAACAAUCGCAGGUCUUAACUUUACACAUCCUUUGCCAGAAAGUGAUGAAGAUGAGGAUUAUAUUGACACUGGUGCUGCUAUUUUGAACUUCUAUUGCACGCUCGUUGAUUUGUUAGGUAGAUGUGCGCCAGAUAUAUCUGUUAUUGAACAAGGCAAAAACGAAUCCCUAAGAGCUAGAGCUAUUUUGAGAUCUCUUGUGCCACUAGAAGACUUACAAGGUGUUUUAAGCCUAAAAUUCACAUUAACGCAAACCGCACCAGGCGAAGAAAAACCAAAAUCAGAUAUGCCAUCAGGGCUACUGCCAAAUAACAAACAAAGUAUUGUACUCUUUUUGGAAAGGGUAUAUGGUAUUGAAACACAAGAUCUCUUCUACCGUUUAUUAGAAGAUGCAUUUUUACCUGAUUUACGCACAGCUACUAUACUCGAUAAGAGCGACGGCUCUGAAAGUGAUAUGGCCCUUUCGAUGAACCGAUAUAUUGGCAAUUCAAUUCUGCCACUACUCAUAAAGCACUCAAAGUUUUAUAAUGAGGCAGAAAAUUAUGCCAGCUUAUUGGAUGCUACAUUGCACACGGUCUAUAGAUUAUCUAAGAACCGUAUGCUCACAAAGGGCCAAAGAGAAGCAGUGUCAGACUUUCUAGUAGCACUAACGUCCCAAAUGCAACCUGCCAUGUUGUUAAAACUUUUGCGCAAGUUGACAGUGGAUGUUUCUAAGCUAUCCGAAUAUACAACAGUGGCUUUAAGGCUUUUAACACUUCAUUUUGAUCGCUGUGCUAAGUAUUAUGGUUCAACACAAGGUCAGGGUUCUUAUGGCGCAUCGUCAGACGAGGAAAAGCGUCUAACUAUGCUUUUAUUCUCCAAUAUUUUUGAUUCACUUAGUAACAUGGAUUACGAUCCUGAAUUAUUUGGAAAGGCACUACCGUGCCUAAUUGCAAUUGGGUGUGCUUUGCCACCUGAUUACAGCUUAUCUAAGAACACUGACGAAGAUUACUAUGGACGGCAAUCAGGUGCCCCAGACCAACCACAAUACGAUCCAAAUCCAAUUGAUACGAUAAAUGUUCAUCUCGACAACGACUUAAACUCACUAGUUCAAAAGUUCAGUGAGCACUACCAUGAUGCAUGGGCCAGCCGUCGAUUGGAAAGCAGUUGGACCUAUGGCGAAAUUCGGUCCGAUAACGAUCGCAAACACCCCAGACUGAAACCAUACAAUAUGCUUAGUGAAUACGAACGAGAGCGUUACAGGGACCCGGUGCGUGAAUGCUUGAAAGCACUUUUAGCAAUCGGUUGGACAAUAGAACAUUCCGAAAUCGACGUACCGCUUAAUCACCGUGGAUCCACAAGAAGACAAUCUAAGCCUCAAAUUAAUGAAGGCAGUCCUUUUAAUUACAAUCCUCAUCCAGUGGAUAUGACUAAUCUAACGCUCAGCAGAGAAAUGCAAAAUAUGGCAGAACGGUUAGCAGAAAAUUCUCACGACAUAUGGGCUAAAAAGAAAAAGGAGGAGUUGAACACCUGUGGUGGUGUUAUACAUCCUCAACUUGUACCAUAUGAUUUACUUACUGAUAAAGAGAAAAGAAAGGACCGCGAACGUUCGCAGGAAUUCCUCAAGUACAUGCAAUACCAGGGCUAUAAAUUACACAAGCCAUCCAGAGGUGGGAUAAUGGAGGAAGGUGGAGCCACUCAACCAGCAGUAGAGUUAAGAUUCUCGUACUCCUUACUUGAAAAACUCAUACAAUAUUUAGAUCGCGCCACCAUUAACAUGAAGCUCUUAAAACCGUCCACUACAUUCAGUCGACGUACAUCCUUUAAGACAGCUUCCCGUGAUAUAAAAUUCUUUUCAAAAGUUGUUCUGCCUUUAAUGGAAAAAUAUUUUUCAACUCAUCGAAACUAUUUUAUUGCUGUUGCUACUGCUACUAAUAAUAUAGGAGCCGCAUCGCUAAAAGAAAAAGAAAUGGUUGCUUCAAUCUUUUGUAAGCUAGCAUCAUUGCUUCGGAAUAGACUAAGUGCUUUUGGACCGGAUGUGCGCAUAACAGUGCGCUGUUUACAAGUGCUAGUCAAAGGUAUUGAUGCAAAAACAGUAGUCAAAAACUGUCCGGAAUUCAUACGCACGUCAAUGCUAACAUUUUUCAAUCAAACUGCCGACGAUUUAGGCAAUACAAUAUUGAAUUUGCAAGAUGGAAAGUACAGUCAUUUACGUGGCACACAUCUGAAAACAUCUACUUCUCUAACAUAUGUAAACCAAGUUGUGUUGCCAGUAUUAACUGCAAUGUUUGAUCACUUGGCUGCCUGUGAUUAUGGUAGCGAUCUUUUAUUGGAUGAAAUACAGGUAGCUUCAUACAAAAUUUUGGCAGCACUUUAUCAUCUCGGAACUGAUGGUACUCUUACUCAUGAACGAAAAUACUUAAAAACGGAAAUUGAAAGACAUCGUCCUGCUUUGGGUUCGUGUUUAGGAGCUUAUAGUUCUUGUUUUCCAGUCGCAUUUCUAGAGCCUCAUCUUAACAAGCAUAAUCAGUUCUCACUGCUCAACCGCAUUGCAGACCACUCACUGGAAGCACAAGAUAUAAUGGUAAAAAUGGAAAGCUGCAUGCCUAAUUUAGAAACCAUACUUAGUGAAGUUGACCAAUUUGUCGAAUCGGACAAAAAAUACAAUGACUCACCGCAUAUAAUUGAUGUUAUAUUACCAUUACUUUGCUCAUAUUUGCCAUUUUGGUGGGCACAAGGACCAGACAAUGUAAGCCCUACUAGUGGAAACCAUGUUACUAUGGUUACCGCUGAUCACAUGAAUUCGCUACUCCGCAAUGUUUUAAAGAUGAUUAAAAAAAACAUUGGCAAUGAUAACGCUCCAUGGAUGACUAGAAUUGCUGCAUAUACUCAACAAAUUAUUAUCAAUACCUCAGAAGAGUUAUUAAAGGAUCCAUUUUUACCUUUAGCUGAGCGCGUAAAGAAACGAACAGAAAAUAUGUUCCACAAAGAAGAGAGUAUGCGAGGAUUUAUUAAGUCAGCUACAGAUGAUACAUCUCAAGUGGAAACACAAUUGCAAGAAGAUUGGCAACUUUUGGUGCGUGAUAUAUACUCAUUUUAUCCGUUGCUAAUUAAAUAUGUAGACUUACAACGCAAUCACUGGUUGAAGGAUAAUAUUCCUGAAGCCGAAGAGUUAUAUAACCAUGUAGCUGAAAUCUUCAAUAUUUGGUCAAAGAGUCAAUACUUUUUAAAAGAAGAGCAGAAUUUUAUAUCUGCCAAUGAAAUUGACAAUAUGGCCUUAAUUAUGCCUACCGCAACUCGUCGGUCAGCAAUCACUGAAGGUGCACCUGUGACUGGGGGCAAAGUUAAAAAGAAGAAGAAAAACCGAGACAAAAAACGCGAUAAAGACAAAGAAGUGCAAGCAAGUCUUAUGGUGGCAUGUCUGAAACGUUUACUGCCAGUUGGACUGAAUUUGUUUGCAGGUCGCGAACAAGAACUGGUACAGCAUUGUAAGGAUCGAUACCUGAAAAAAAUGCCAGAAUAUGACGUCAUCGAAUUUGCUAGAAAUCAAUUAACUUUACCCGACAAACUUGAUCCAUCAGAUGAAAUGUCCUGGCAGCAUUAUCUUUAUUCCAAGCUGGGAAAAACAGAAGAACCGGUCGAAGAACAAGCAGUGGAAAAGUCAUCAAACCAAAACGAAAAAAAAGACAAAACAGAGGAAACAGUGGACCGUAUCGUAGCAAUGGCAAAAGUACUUUUUGGUCUUCACAUGGCGUAUCGAUCUAAGCAAAAUUCUAAACGUUGGAGUUCAAAAAUUACAUUGGCCCGACGCCGUGUGGUGCUAUCAAGCUUGCGUGCCAAACAUCUUUAUCGAGUGAGCAGACACCGAGCUUGCAAUAUUUUUGCUCGCACAUAUUACGAACAGUGGUUGCAAGAAGAAAACGUUGGACAGGAAGUAAUGAUUGAAGAUCUUACUCAAACAUUCGAGGAAUCUGAAAAGUCCAAGAAGGAGGAAGAAGAAACUGAUGGCAAACCAGAUCCACUAACGCAGUUAGUAACAACUUUCUGCCGCGGUGCUAUGACUGAACGAAGUGGUGCUCUUCAAGAAGAUCUUCUUUAUAUGUCUUAUGCCCAAAUUGCUGCUAAGUCUUGCGGUGAGGAAGAAGAAGAAGGUGGUGAUGAAGAAGGCGGUGGAGAAGGUGGAGAAGAAGGCGAAGGAACAAGCAUACAUGAACAAGAAAUGGAGAAGCAAAAGCUUCUCUUCCAUCAAGCUCGUUUAUCCAAUAGAGGUGUAGCAGAAAUGGUCUUGUUGCACAUAUCAGCUUCUAAAGGAAUUCCAUCAGAAAUGGUAAUGACAACUCUUAACCUUGGCAUUGCGAUCUUACGAGGAGGUAACAUUGAUAUCCAAUUGGGAAUGUUAAACCAUCUAAAAGAGAAAAAAGAUGUUGGUUUUUUUACUUCAAUCGCUGGAUUAAUGAAUUCUUGCAGUGUAUUAGAUUUAGAUGCGUUUGAACGGAACACCAAAGCAGAAGGUCUUGGUGUUGGAUCGGAAGGCGCAGCUGGCGAAAAGAACAUGCAUGAUGCUGAAUUUACAUGUGCUCUGUUUCGUUUCAUACAACUAACGUGUGAAGGUCAUAAUCUAGAUUGGCAGAAUUACUUGCGCACGCAGGCGGGAAAUACAACAACCGUCAACGUUGUGAUCUGUACUGUUGACUAUCUGCUGCGUUUGCAAGAAUCCAUAAUGGAUUUUUACUGGCAUUACUCUAGUAAAGAAAUUAUUGAUCCUGCAGGGAAAGCCAAUUUUUUCAAAGCAAUUGGAGUGGCCAGCCAAGUUUUCAACACACUCACUGAAGUUAUUCAAGGUCCUUGCACUCUUAAUCAACAAGCUUUGGCCCACUCUAGGUUGUGGGAUGCAGUAGGCGGUUUUCUUUUCCUUUUCUCUCAUAUGCAAGAAAAACUUUCAAAGCACUCGAGUCAAGUCGAUUUACUGAAGGAACUAUUAAAUUUACAAAAGGAUAUGAUCACUAUGAUGCUUUCAAUGCUGGAAGGAAAUGUUGUGAAUGGAACUAUUGGCAAACAAAUGGUAGACACACUUGUUGAAUCAGCUGGAAACGUGGAACUGAUCUUGAAAUAUUUCGAUAUGUUCUUGAAAUUAAAAGACUUAAUUGAAUCGCCAAGUUUCCAAGAAAUUGACAUAAAGAAUGAAGGUUGGGUCACACCAAAAGAUUUUAGAGAUAAGAUGGAACAGUCUAAAAAUUAUACACUGGAAGAAAUGGAUUUUCUUUUGGCAUGUUGCGAACGGAAUCACGAGGGUAAAAUUGAUUAUGGUGCCUUCGUCGACCGUUUCCAUGAACCAUCAAAGGAAAUCGGUUUCAACUUGGCUGUACUAUUGACAAACCUUAGUGAACAUAUGCCGAAUGAACCACGUCUGGCGCGUUUCUUAGAAACCGCCGGUUCUGUAUUAAACUACUUUGAACCGUUCCUUGGUCGCAUUGAAAUUUUGGGUAGUUCAAAACGUAUUGAACGGGUUUAUUUCGAAAUUAAAGAUUCUAAUAUCGAACAAUGGGAAAAACCGCAAAUUAAGGAAUCAAAACGAGCGUUCUUUUACUCAAUUGUCACUGAAGGCGGUGAUAAAGAAAAGCUAGAAGCAUUUGUAAAUUUCUGUGAAGAUGCAAUAUUUGAAAUGACUCACGCUUCAGGUCUUAUGGCAACUGAUGACAGUAGCGGUAACGUCAAACGUGACACGGCAUAUAGCUCCUAUAUGAGUGAGGAAGAAGAGGAACGUGCAGCUCGUGACCCCAUACGACGUACCAUACAAGCAGUAAAAGAUGGUCUCAAAUUCGGUGUACAUAUGUUAAGUCCAGCUAACAUCAAACAUCAAAUCACAGUUAUGCAAACGAAAUCAGUUCCAGAGUUAAUUAUAGGCUUCUUUAAGAUAAUUUUAUAUAUGUUCUAUUACACAGGGUAUGGAAACUUCUGCGUAGUUAGAUACAUUUUCGGUAUACUUAUGAAUUUGAUGCGUGGUCCAGCUCCAGAAGAAAUUGAAGCACCCAUGGUGGUGGAAGAAACAUUUGGAAAAGCAUUACCCCCAUUACCUAUAGAAGAACCUCCUGGUACGCUGCAAGCAUUCGGUUUAGAUAUAAGUAAGGAAGAAAAUGGACAGUACAAAAUGGCGCCUCAUGAAGCACCAAGUGGAAGUCCUACGUCUUCAAUUGAAGAAACAGGCGAAUCAAGUCCUGAAGACGGCACACUUUUAGGUGAGCCUCUUGUUGAAGGAGAGCAGCACCUAGAGCCAGUAUCAAUUGUUGAUUUACUUGGUGGAGAAGCAGCAAAGAAAGCAGCACUCGAACGCCAAGAAGCACAGAAAGCACAAGAAGCAGCCAUGGCUUCUAUAGAAGCAGAAGCUAAAAAGACAUCAGCAUCCGCGCAAGAAACUCCCGCUGUUCAUCAGAUAGACUUCUCUCAAUACACUCACAGAGCAGUUAGUUUCUUGGCGCGCAAUUUUUACAAUCUAAAAUACGUGGCACUCGUCUUAGCCUUCAGCAUAAAUUUUAUGUUGCUCUUUUAUAAAGUAACAUCUCUAGGAGAAGAACAAGAAGCGUCUGGUGACGACGAAUUGAUUUUGGGAUCAGGUUCCGGAGCAGGAUUGACAGGAUCUGGCUUCGGAUCUGGAGAAGGUUCCGGUGAAGGUGACGGUGGCGACGACGAUAUACCAGAGUUAGUGCAUGUUGAUGAAGAUUUUUUCUACAUGGAACAUGUUAUACGCAUUGCUGCCAUGUUGCACAGUCUAGUGUCUUUAGCAAUGCUCAUAGCUUACUAUCAUCUCAAAGUGCCACUUGCCAUUUUCAAGAGAGAGAAAGAAAUUGCUCGCCGCUUAGAGUUUGACGGAUUAUUUAUAGCUGAACAACCCGAAGAUGACGACUUCAAAUCGCAUUGGGAUAAAUUAGUUAUAUCGGCAAAAUCAUUUCCAGUUAAUUACUGGGACAAAUUUGUCAAAAAGAAAGUGCGACAAAAGUACAGCGAGACCUAUGAUUUUGAUUCUAUAUCUAAUCUUCUCGGCAUGGAAAAAAGCGCAUUUAUGGCACAAGAAAGCGAAGAGGGAGGUUUAGUUAAGUAUAUUAUGAACAUUGACUGGCGCUAUCAAGUGUGGAAAGCAGGUGUUACAUUUACAGAUAAUGCGUUCCUUUACUCACUAUGGUACUUCGUGUUUUCAGUAAUGGGCAAUUUCAACAACUUUUUCUUCGCAGCUCACUUGCUCGACGUGGCUGUUGGUUUCAAGACAUUGCGUACCAUUUUACAAUCAGUAACGCACAAUGGCAAACAGCUUGUCUUAACUGUAAUGCUUUUAACUAUUAUUGUGUAUAUUUACACUGUGAUUGCCUUUAACUUCUUCCGUAAGUUUUACAUUCAAGAAGAGGACGAAGAAGUCGACAAAAAAUGUCAUGAUAUGUUGACAUGCUUCGUAUUCCAUUUAUAUAAGGGCGUGCGAGCAGGUGGAGGUAUUGGUGAUGAAAUUGGAGAUCCUGAUGGCGACGAUUAUGAGGUCUAUCGCAUUCUUUUCGACAUAACUUUCUUCUUCUUUGUUAUUGUUAUAUUACUGGCCAUUAUUCAAGGUUUAAUCAUUGAUGCCUUUGGUGAGUUGCGUGAUCAGCUGGAGUCUGUGAAAGAAAAUAUGGAAUCAAAUUGCUUUAUAUGUGGCAUGGGAAAAGAUUUCUUCGAUAUAGUGCCGCACGGUUUCGAUACGCACGUGCAAAAGGAACAUAACUUGGCAAACUACAUGUUCUUCCUGAUGCACUUGAUUAAUAAACCUGAUACUGAAUAUACAGGACAAGAAACCUAUGUUUGGAACAUGUAUCAACAGCGAAGUUGGGACUUCUUUCCAGUAGGCGAUUGCUUCCGUAAACAGUACGAGGAUGAAUUAUCUGGUGGUGGAGGUAGCGGAUAAUCUUUGCAAAACGAGGCUGAAACAUCUUUAAAUUGUUUAUAUGUAGUACAUAUAUACUCGUAAUAAUUUUAAAAUGCAAUAUUUUUAAUACUAUUUUGCAAU